AUGCGAAGCUACAUCUCACCAUCACGCACAGGUGUCAAGCCUACUCUUGAUCGUCUUGCGGAUAUGUCAGAGCUGCAAGAGCUGACAAUUCGAAGCCAUAAACAUGGUGGUGAAGUGCUCAUGCCGCCGAAACAGUUUCUGGCUCUUGGUGCUCUCACUAAUCUCUCUACGCUCCGGAUCGGCGACUCAUUCUUGCCCGAUAUCACCUUUACUGGAGCAGAUGCGAGGACUAUGUUUUCUGGACUUGGCGCGCUAGAGAAUCUUACCAUUUCUCUUAGUGCCGAUACCGACGACGAUGAGUAUCCCAAACACAUAUUGCGGGCCAUAUCAAGGUAUUGUCCCAGACUCAAGUCGAUCGAGUUCGUAGGCCAACUGCAUCUCAGCUGUCUAGAAGGGGCAGAUGCACCUCGCUUUGAGAAUGUAACGGAGAUGGCUGUCGACAUGUUACACACAGAUCUUUCUGAGUAUGAGACAGCAUGGGAUAUCAACUAUGCUGUGCCAGAAUUGGUGUUGCUGCGAUGCACGUCCAACGAUCUCCCCACGGAAGAGAUAUGUACUGCCUACACAGAGUUGCAACAUCCAGUGCGAUCCAAUGGGCUCAAACCGCUCUUUACAAGGUACAAUGAAAGUGUCAAUCCGAGCUGCCUCCCCCUGUUCGUAUGA